CUUCUCAGUUUGAGAACGUGUCUCCCUUCUAAGUAUCUGUUGUAUAUCGUCCUCCUGGUUCAUACACACAUUAUAUAACUAUUCGGCUGAAAUAGUGUGAAGAUGAGAAAUCUAAAAUUGAUACAGCAUCACUGCCAUGACAGCAAAAGAGCAAUGGGUGCUGAUCAUAUGUCAGUUUCGGAGAAUAAUAUCUAUAUCAGUGCCAACGAUGCUCUAUAUAUAAUCGACGUAAACAACGAUUUUGAGGUGGACCAUGUGCCUCUGACUGAAGAAGGAGUUAGUGGUGUGACAGGAGAACAAGUUGCCGGGCUUCAGUAUUUGAUGGAGAAUGACUGCCUUUGUGUGGCAACAGUUCAGGGCAACAUCAUCCUCUAUCACAAAGAAGUGGAGGUCGUUGGAUGUGUUGACACUGGAAUCAGGGCAGUAAGCUGGAGCCCGGACCAAGAACUUGUUGUUAUAGCUACAGGAUCUGAUACGCUUAUCAUGAUGACGAAAGAUUUUGACCCUCUGACAGAAGUUAGCAUGAAUCCGGAAGAGUUUGGCGAGGCAAAACCUGUUACUGUUGGUUGGGGAAAAAAGGAGACUCAAUUUCAUGGAUCUGAAGGAAAGCAAGCAGCUAUAAUCAAAACCAAGACGGUAGAACCAGCAGUUGCAUGGGAUGACAAACUACCACGGAUAAGCUGGAGGGGAGAUGGCCAGGGUUUUGUUGUCAGCACAGUUAACUGGACCACAGGUGCGAGACAGCUCAGGGUAUGGAGCAGAGACUGUGUGCUACAAGCCACGAGUGAAGACGUCAACAGUCUGGAACAGGCGGUAUCUUGGAGUCUCACUGUAGUGCUGCUAUACACGAUGGGCAACUAUCACUGGUAUCUGAAGCAGAGUAUUGACUGCUCAGCGACGGCAGACGAUCAGAUAGCUGUGGUUGAGUGGGAUGCAGAGCACGCGCUCACUCUUCACAUCGUGUUCAGUGGGGGCAAGUACGUGAGGAAUGUUUACACGUGGGAGACGUGUGCGAGCAGCGGCUUGAAGAGCGAUGACCUGACGAGUGUUGCUGUCAUUGAUGGAGACAAGCUGCUUGUGACGCCGUUCCGUAACAUGGUCGUACCGCCGCCAAUGUGUGCGUUCCACGUCCAGCUACCCGCGUUCGUCCAGCAGGUGGCGUUCCAGUCAGCGCCGAACACCAACGACAUGGCGAUCCUGCUCUCCGACGGGCGAAUCGCGAUCUACGAGCCAUCUGGGAAUCUGAUAGCUUCUAGCCAGAGAAAGCCAAACAAACAUGACAUCGUCUUCUUCGAAAGUAAUGGCCUGAGACACGGAGAAUUCACGCUGCCCUUUUUUGUUGACGAGAUGAAACGCGGCGCCGACGCGGCGUCCCACCUCCACCGGCUGCGCGUCGACGCGAGCGGCGUCGCGAUCGCCGCGACGCUGCCGCUAGAGGGCGCCGCGGUCGGCGUGUGUCACGACGCGGCUACGGGGACGACCGUCGUGCAGCAGCGGGGCGGCGUGCUGACGCGCUACGCCGCGGACGCGCUAACGCCGUGGCGAGCGAACCUCCCGCGCGAGUGCGCGCGCGCGCAGCUCUGCCGUUUCCGCGGCGACGAGGUCGUUCUCGCGCUCACCGACAGGUGGCGCCUCUACGCGGACGAUGCGGAGCUCGCGAGCAACGUGACGUCGUUUGCGCUGCACGCCGACUUCCUGCUCGCGACGACGCACACGCACGCGUGCCACUGCCUCCCCCUGGCGACGGCUCUCGGCGACGUUCCGGCGUUGCUCGCCGCGGCGACGACGGGCGAGGAAUCUCAGCGCCGGGUCGAGCGCGGGUCAAGGGUCGUCGCCGUGGUGGCGGACAGCACGAAGGUCGUGCUGCAGAUGCCGCGCGGCAACCUUGAAACGAUUCACCCGAGGGCGCUGGUGCUGGCCACCGUGCGGCGACAUUUAGACAGGCUGGAGUUUGAGCCAGCUCUGCUGCUGAUGAAGAAACACAGGAUAAACAUGAAUCUGAUUUACGACCACAACCCGGAGUUGUUCCUGAACAAUGUCGACGCGUUCGUGAAGCAAAUAGAUAACGUGGGUAACAUCAAUCUGUUCCUGUCUGAACUACAGGAGGAAGAUGUCACAAGAACGAUGUAUCGCACCCAGCAUGCCAUUGAGUCACGACAAGGGCCUCACACUGUCAACAAUGGGAUGGGUAAAGUUGAUCGGAUUUGUGAUGCUGUAAGACAGGCUCUGCAGAAUGACGAUAUUGAUAGGUUUAUUAUGUGCAUAUUAGCAACACAUGUUAAGAAGGCCAAGCCAGAACUACAUCAAGCCCUCUCGAUGAUAAAGUACCUCCGUGAUUUCCCGGAGUCAGGUCGGGUUGGGGCUGAUGAAGCGAUGAAGUUCCUGUUGUACCUCGUCGAUGUUAACGAGCUGUUUGACGUGGCGCUGGGAACGUAUGACUUCGAGCUCGUCAUGAUGGUGGCCGAGAAAUCGCAGAAGGAUCCGAAAGAGUAUUUGCCGUUUCUGAACACACUCAAGAAGAUGGAGACCAACUAUCAGAGAUUCAGCAUAGACAAGCACUUGAAGUUAUAUGCAAAAGCUCUGCCCCAUCUUAGUAAAUGUGGAUCCAGCCACCUGGGGGAGCUGCUCGACUAUGUGAAGGAACACAAGCUCUAUGCCGAAGGGCUGGUUUUGUACUGCCGUGGCUCAGAGGAAUAUAAGGUUGAUUUAAGAUUCAGCAUAGACAAGCACUUGAAGUUAUAUGCAAAAGCUCUGCCCCAUCUUAGUAAAUGUGGAUCCAGCCACCUGGGGGAGCUGCUCGACUAUGUGAAGGAACACAAGCUCUAUGCCGAAGGGCUGGUUUUGUACGGCCGUGGCUCAGAGGAAUAUAAGGAAAUAGCUCGGAUUUUUGCCGAGGAGCUCGAAUCGUGUAAUAAGUACGAGGAGUCGGCCAUGAUGUACUGUCGCUGCUGCGAAUAUGAGAGGGCUCUACACUGUUUUGAAUUGACGUCCAACUGGCAGCAGCUGUUCUGCAUGGCGGCAAAACUGCACUAUGAUAAGGAGAAGCUGCUUGACUUGGCUGGAAGAGUCUCAGUUAAGCUGCGGGAUGAGCGACGACACGCUGAGGCUGCGGUCGUGCUGAUGCAGUAUGCAGGCAACGUUGAAGAAGCCAUAGUCGAGCUCAUAGACGGGUGCCUUUGGGACGAGGCACUAAGACUGAUGCACCUACACAACCACACAGAUAUCAUCGAGACUGACUUGCAACCCCAUGUACUGGAGCAGCACACCUCUCAGAUAAACACUGUGGAGAAUCUACGAGUGCAGUUCGACAGACACGUCAAUAGACUAGCUGUCGUCAGAGCAGAAAAACAAAAGGCGCUUUUCGAACUUGAAGAGAGGGAGCACGCUAAUACGGCCAAUGCCGACUUAACUAUUAAGAGGGACAGUGCGAGUGGCAUGUCAGGAAUGUCGGGGACGCGGUCAUCGCAGUAUUCAGCCGCCAACUCUCGCAUAUCUGCGAGAUCGUCGAAGAAUCGGCGUAAGGCUGAGCGAAAGAAAUACAGCCUCAGGGAGGGCAGCACGUUUGAGGAUCUGGCACUUAUGGACGCUCUUGCUGAAAUUACUCUCUCACUGGAUAAGAUGAAGGACGACGUAGCACCAUUGCUGAGAGCACUAGUACAGCUUGGCCACGACAGUGAGGCAUCCUGUCUGCAGUCAUCCUUCGAUAGCCUCCUCAAGCACACGGAGAAAUGCCAGUUCGAGAUUUGGCCACUGGAGGGCUGUGCGGCUGCAGGGGCAGGAUCUGAUCAGGCUCUG